AUGGCCGUCAUGCGAUGGGCGAUCACAGUCACAGUCACACGCACGAUCACGAUACACAUGGAAGGCGGCUACAGAUGUGAUAUCCGAAUUAUACUCAUACUCACUCCUGAACUUAGGCGCAAUGCCUCUAUCAAGUCUAGGACGGGUGCUACAUCAGAUAGCUACAUCGGACAAACGUGCGAUGGGGAAGGGAAGGGCGUGUGGAGCAUGGAAUCCCUGCUCGGCCAUGGGAAGAGAAAGCAACACAUGCCUUGGCUUAACCUUUUAAGCCGUUCGUUUAGGUUCGUCUGGGAGGAUGUCGCCCCAGCGGCAAAGGGACAUUACAUAACGACCUUACAGCUUCAACUGUUUCAAGGGAGAAGAAGACAAACAGACAAGAGGCACAGACAGAGAGAGACGCAUCGGGUGACUGGAGACAGGACGAAAGAGGAUAAUAAAAAGCAGAAGAAGAAACAGAAGAAGAAGAAACAGAAGAAACAGAAGGAGAGAGAAGAAGCAGGAGAAGAAGGAGAAGAGAGAAAUGCGACCUGUCAGGUUGUACGGACGAGCGAUGGAACAAAGAGUGAGAGUCGAGCCCUUGGUCUGCGUCGAAUCACCUCGCGGCCUGGGGAGUCUGUCUCUUCUUCUGUCUGA